GACAGGGCUAGUCCCUUCGCAGGCUGCACUCGAUAAUAUUAGUAUUAAUCUUCCGGCGCGCAGCUGCAGCGUUUCACUCGUCUCCACCUCUGGGUUUACUUCUUCUCUGCACACUAGUAGGCUGACUCUAGGUUCUCUCCAAGAAGACAACCAUGGCUCGCGGUGGGAUCGCGAGCAAGCGUACCAGGACAGCGCUGUGCACCGGCACACAGGUUAGGACGAGACGGCCCGCGGUGCUCGCGCUGCGCACGGCGUGGGUCGCGAUCGUGCUCUGGUACGAGAUCGGGGUGUUCGUGCGCGCUGUGCGCUCGUGUCCGUGGCCCGACGAGCGGCGGGCCCUAACACCAGACUCGCGCCUCACCCGCGUCCUCAUCGUCGCGGACCCGCAGGUGCUCGACGACAACUCGUACCUGGACCGGCACCCGCUGCUCGCGCGCCUCACGCGCGUCGUGGUGGAUGUGUACCUGCGCAAGAGCUGGCGCGCGGCGGUGCGGGUGCUCCGUCCGCAUGCGGUGGUGUUUCUGGGGGAUAUGAUGGAUAAUGGGAGGGCGGUGAUGAGUCCUGCCGAGUAUGACGCGUACUAUGAGCGGUUCCGGCAUAUAUUCAAGAUGCACGGGGAGCCUGUGCCGGUGUAUUAUGUACCGGGGAACCAUGACAUCGGAAUAGGAGAUUCGUUCGCACUCGAGGCACCCGCGCGGUACACGUCCUCCUUCGGCGCGCGGAACCACCGCGUCGGGAUCGCGAACCAUACGCUGCUGUUCCUCGACGGGCCCGCGCUCGUGGACGAGGACAUCGCGCGCGUGAGCGCGGGGAAGAGUCUCGACGAGUGGCCUGCUGUGCGCCGGGGCCCGGUCGAGUUCGUGCGCGCGCAGACGCAGGAGAGGGACCACCCCGUUGUGCUGUUCUCGCAUGUCCCGCUCGCGCGGGAUCAGAAUGUGUGGUGCGGGCGGUUUCGGGAGCACAGGGCGAAUAUUAGGCAGGGCGCGGGGCUGGGAUAUCAGAAUACGCUCGGGAGGGAGGUGUCCAGCUGGGUGUUGGAGAGGCUGAGGCCUGCGAUUAUAUUCAGCGGGGACGACCACGACUACUGCGAAGUCCGGCAUACCUACACCUACACCGACGCGUCGUCGAACACGACGCGCGAGGAGAUCGUGCCAGAGGUGACAGUCAAGUCGUUCUCGAUGGUCACGGGCGUGCGCCGGCCGGGGUACCAGCUGCUCUCGCUCGCGGCGCGCGUGCCCGAGCCGGAGCUGCUACCGCAGAUCCCGCAGGCGCCGCCGCCCGCGCACGCGCCGUGCACGCUGCCGGACCAGCUGGGGAUAUACGUGCUGACGUAUGUGCCGCUCGCGGUGCUGUCCGUGCUGGUCCUCGUGGUGGUGAAUGUGCAGAGGGUGCGGAGGCGGUAUCGGAAGCGGGAGUGGGGGAGGAGGGACUCCGCGAAGGAUGGUUUGCGGUCGGGGUAUUGGGAGCCUGAGAGGAGGGAGACGCCGCUGCCGCAUGGGGAUAGGAAACGGAGGAUGGAGGGGGGCCGGGGGAGGGAGAGAGAUGUGGAGGAGCUGGAGCUUGAUGAUCUCGUGUUCGUCAAUCCCGACGCGGACACGGUGGAGGAGCCGCCGGACGAGGUGGAGCGGUUUAAGCUCGUUGCGCGGAGAGCGACUGCUGCGUCGGAGCAGGGAGUAUCGGGGUUCUACGGCGGACAUGGGCGAGGCGCUGGGUUUCAGCCAACGUCAGAGGAAGAAGAGGGGCUCGAGGCGGAGAUGGACGUUCUCCCCGAGCCGGCGACCAACGUGAAGAAUCGGAACAGGAGCGGCAAUGGCAGGUUCUCUCGGUCGUCGAGAUGGCCACGAUGGACGUGGACGUUCGUGUUGCGUGGACAGGUGAGGCGGGUGAGUGUGCCAUGGCCGUUUGGGUGCUGUGCACGCGGGACUGGGGCUGGGUCGCGGCGGAGGUGGAUCAUGCAGCAGGUGCGGGAUUCGGGAGAGGACGAGCGGGGGUUCGUUGGAGGUCUUGUGCGGGAUGUGCGAGAUGUGGCUUGGCCUGCGAUUGUGGUGUUUUUGGUUGUGAAUUGGGUGGUGAUGUGGUGAUCUGAUCGGGGCAGUGGUAUGGUCGGUGGUCGGCGGGUGGUUGCUUUCGA